UUGUGUAGUCGAGCUGCUGUUAAAAAAAGAGAGAAUUAUAAAUCAUCAAACACUCUGUAAUACUUUACCAAGUCAACAAACAGCAACGAGAAAAAGUUAAUCGAGAGGAAAAGAAUGGAGAAGAUUAUAAUUUUCACUUAAUUGGGCGGCUCAGCUUGUGUUAAUUCUCUUGAUUUUUGUUCUUGUGGGGAGUGAACUUUCUGAUGAAUUUUGGGUUUGCAUUUUGUGAUCUGUAGCAGCUCACUGGUAAUCUACACGGGGUUUCUGUAAAUUGAAGUGAUUCGAGCUCCAGAAUAAAGGGAAUUAUUUGCGGUUUUAAAGAUGUGUUGCUCAAGUAUUUACAAGGAUGAGUAUGAAGUGAGGUCAUAAAACCAUAAGAUAUAUCCUUUUCUCGAGCACAGUAUAUGUGUUCGAGGUUUUGGUGGUCUUGGGAUUGGGGUAAUUUUGCAGAUUGAGCUACCUUGUGGGAGUCAUAUUUGGAAUUGGUUUGAACUCAUCCUAUCUCUGAGAGCUGGAGUUUGUUUGGUUAAACUGGAGUUAUGUUAAAGAAGUUAUUUCACAAGCUUCCUCGCAAAAAUUCAAAGUCACACCUUGAAUCCGCAUAUAGUUCGAAUGGGAAAGAUGGAGCAGAUAGGAAGUCGGGGAAACUAGGUGAUGCAGUAAUUUCAUCCCCGUAUUCUGUUUCAUACAUUGGAUAUAACCCAGGAGAGAAACUUCCUCGAGAUGGGAAUUCUCUUUCUGUGUCUUAUGAGGCAUUGCCGGGAUUUAGGGAAGUUUCAAACUCUGAAAAGCAGCAUUUGUUUAUCAGAAAGCUGAACAUGUGUUGUAUUGUAUUCGAUUUCAUGGACCCAACAAAGAACCUUAAAGAGAAGGAGAUUAAGCGACAAACACUGACAGAACUUGUCGACUAUGUCACUUCUGCCAACACAAAAUUCACAGAAGCAGUCAUGCAAGAAGUUGUAAAGAUGGUAUCUGCUAAUCUUUUUAGAGAAUUCACUCCUCAGCCAUGCCGUAACAAAGUCUUAGAGUCCUUUGAUUUGGAAGAAGAGGAACCUGCCAUGGAUCCAGCAUGGUCUCACUUGCAAGUUGUUUAUGAAUUUCUGCUCAGGUUUGUUGAGUCAUCUGAGACGGAUGCCAAAUUAGCAAAGAAAUAUAUCGAUCCCCUCUUUGUUCUCAAGUUGCUUGAUUUGUUUCAGUCUGAAGAUCCCAGAGAGAGGGAGUAUUUGAAGUCGGUAUUACACCGUGUUUAUGGGAAAUUCAUGGUACACCGUCCAUUCAUUAGAAAAUCUAUCAACAAUAUUUUCCAUCUUUUUGUAUUUGAGACUGAAAAACAUAAUGGCAUUGCCGAACUUUUAGAGAUACUGGGGAGUAUAAUCAAUGGAUUUGCAUUGCCAUUGAAGGAGGAACAUAAAAUAUUUCUUGUGAGAUCAUUGAUUCCAUUACAUAAACCCAAAUGUUUGGCGGCAUAUCACCAGCAGCUAUCAUAUAGUAUCAUACAAUUUGUGGAGAAAGACUGCAAGCUUGCUGAUAUUGUUAUUAGAGGUCUGCUAAAAUAUUGGCCUAUCACCAAUAGCUCAAAAGAGAUCCUUUUUUUGAAUGAAUUGGAGGAAGUUCUUGAAGCCACUCAGCAGCCAGAAUUCCAGAGGUGUAUGGUGCUUCUGUUCCAACAAAUUGCAAGAUGCCUGAACAGCUUACACUUUCAGGUGGCUGAGAGAGCAUUGUUCUUAUGGAACAAUGAUCACAUCGAGAACUUAAUCAAACAAAAUCGGAAGAUUAUUUUGCCAAUUAUCCUACCUGCUGUGGAAAGAAAUGCUAGAAACCACUGGAAUCAAGCUGUUCAUAGUUUAACGCUAAACAUUCGCAAGAUUCUGUUUGAUCUUGACCCUGAGCUGUACAAAGAGUGUUUGUCCAAGUUUCAGGACGAUGAAUCGAAGGAAAGUGAGAAAAAAGCAAGGCGAGAAGCUACAUGGAAACGUAUGGAAGAAAUUGCAGCAAACAAAGUGGCCAGUAACGAACCGGUGCUUGUACGGGUUGGAUUGUCGGGGCAAAGGGAGAAAUAGAGCAUAGUUAAGGUGUUUUAAGUUUCUUAUAACUUGUUGAAUUCAUAAUCUAGUUGUAUGGUUUAGAGGGUUAGCGAUGGCCAUUCAUUGUUUAUGCUUUUAUUGUUCAUAAUAUGUUCUUUUUUUUUUUAUCGUACUCCUACUUUCAGUAAUAACUUUUCUUACUGUGC